AUGUUCUCUGUCGUGUUUAUGGACGCCUACUGUGACGAACGCCCCGGGAUCCGUGUCACCUACAGGACGGACAGUCAAAUCUUUAAUCAGCGGCGGAUGCACUUCCAGUCGUGUGUAUACGCGACAUCCAUCCAUGCAUUUCUCUUCGCCGACGACUACGCUCUCAAUGCCGACUCCGAAAGGGACAUGCAAAGGAGCAUGGACCUCUACGCUGCUACCUGCGGCAACUUCGGCCUGGUAGUCAAUAUGGAGUCUACGGUAGUGAUGCAUCAACCGCCACCCCACGCUACGUACGUGGCACACCAAAUUAACUUGAACGGCGCCCAACUGCAAGCCGUGGACAAUUUCACCUACCUAGGCAGCUUCCUCUCGCAAAACAAAAAUCGACGAUGA